AUGGAGGCGCAACAGGCCGAAUCUUCGCUCUCUUCUGAUUCUUCCUUCGCUGCUGCGUCUCUUUCGCGCCCCACUUCUUCUGCUCCGCGCUCUCCUCUCUUCCCCGCAAGUUUCUCAGAUGCGUCUGCAAGGCAAGACGCUGAGCCCAACUGGCAGGGGACCUCAGCCGACGAAGAAGACGAUGAAGCUCUGCUUCAGCGUUUGCUUCUUGAACACGGGAUAGUCGAUCCUCGGAGCGAGAAGACGUCCACCUCGACUGAGCCUCCGGCAGCAUCUCUGUCUGAGCGCGCAGAGCAGAGUGGGGAAGACGGCGAGCAACGGGGAGAAAUCGAGCGCGCCACGCUGCUGAUGCCGCUGCAGCCGCUAACCUCUGUUGCGGAGGCCGUAGGGGGCUUUCAGCGCGUCCCCAUAGAUCCCCGGAAAACCCGCGAAGAGCUCGAUGAGGAGGUGGAAGCUGCGAUCGCUCACUUUGUCCCUGCGCAGUACAGGAAAAGCGAGACUCCACAGCGCGCAACAGGGCCCGAGACAGAAGAAGACGCUGUCGACGGCCAGAGUGAGGAAGCGUCUGCCGUCGCGGCGAGUUGGAGAGGCACACACACGCGGACGGGACGUGGUGCCAGGAGCACCUCCCACGCGAAUGCGAGGGCCCACGAGACGCCUGGCGUGGGAGGAGAGAUCGCGUGUGCCGAAGAACAGACCGGUGCACAUGACGGUCGACAGGACGCAGGUGAUCCUGGCGUCGUGUCGAGGCGAAUGACUGGCCGGGCACAGUGCCUGCCUGCUGGUGGUGCGACAGACGAGUCGACGUCGAUCGUGGCCUUCCACGAAGGACAGGAAGAACCAGGAUACCCUUGCCGCGCAGAAUAUAUGGGAGACGAGGCGUUCGCUCAAAAUGUGCUCGGCGUUGAGUGUCGGCCGCGGGUGUUUGGACAGCUGGCCACUGCCGGCCAAGCCGCUCGACCAGGUCGACCAGAAACGGUACUUGGACCCCACGCCGUCGUCUCGCAACGCGGAGACGAUGAACAAGAACCGGAGGCCGAACUGACGCCUGCGCAACGGUUCUACCGCGACAAUCGCGACCUGCUUCUCAAGCGAGCGCAAGCGUACUACCACGAGAAGCAACAGAAACUGGCACGACAAACAGACAGCUCAGAGGCGGCGAGUAUCGACGACGACGAGACAGAAGCCGUUGAUGACGAGUGGGCCUUCUUCCGGGAGCCCGUGGUUCGGCCGUCCAAGGAUCACCUCUGGGGUGUCGGCUGGCAACAGCCGGCGGAGAGCCCCGAGACUGGACAGAGACGAGACAAAACCAUCGAGCUUCAGAGCGGCAGGAUGCCGACCGUGGAAGAAUUUGUCACGAUACUUCAACAGGAAUACAUGGAGGACAUUCGAGUCAUCGAUUUGGAAGCGUGCGGUAGACGAGACGUCGCCCGAUUUGCCAUCAUAGGAACCGGUCGAACGCCCGCGCACUGCAGAAGGGUUGGCCGUCUGUUGAGUCGUCUCAUGGUGGAGCUUCAAGUCCCGUUUCUCUCUCGAGCUGCUUACUGCCACAGUAACCGGGACGACGACUGGGUGAUUGCCCGGUGUGCGCAUAUUCAUCUUCACCUGAUGACCAGGGCUGUGCGCAGCGAGUACAGAUUGGAAGAUCUAUGGCUUCUGCCUCAUGAGCACUUCGGCCCUGAAACGUUUCCAGGGUACUUUGACUGUUCAUACUCUCAUCCGCCGCCCUACCUCCUCGCCGCUCGUGACUCGGCGGCAUAUUCAGCCGCGACCUCCCGGGAUCUGAAGGCGUAUGAGAGUCUCAUGGAAAGCCAAGACUACCCUGAUGCUUCAGUACAUUACCAAAUUGAUGCCCCAGCACGGUUGUCAGGAGAGAUCGCGAAGCACAAGGCCGGUGAUGAGAAGUUUUCAACUUCUGAUGUGGAACGGCUGGCACCGGACAAGAAAUGA